CUCCUCUGCACCCUUGAGAUCUCAGGCUCACAUUCCCACCACCCACCUCUGAGCCCAGCCAUCCCUAGCAUCACCCCUUCCAUCCCAUUCCUCAGCCAAGAGCCAGUAAUCCAGAUUCCAGAUCCCACACUUCCCUGCCUGCCUCAGCUGCCCACCUGUAGGUCCCAGCUCCUGCUGUUUGCCUGGAAAUGGCCGUGCUUCUCCUCCUCCUUGGGGUGCUGGUGGUAAGCCCAGAGGCUCUGGGGAGCACGACAGCUGUGCAGACACCCAUGCCCGGAGAGACUUCUGGUCCUUUGGUCUCUACUAGCAAAUACCUGAGCGUCUACUCAGAGAUGUACACCGCUUCAAUAACGAGUGACCCUAAGGCCGACAGCACUGGGGACCAGACCUCAGCCCUACCUCCCUCAGCUUCCGUCAAUGAGGGAUCCCCUCUUGGGACUUCCCUUGGUGCCAGCACUGGUUCCCCCUUACCUGAGCCAACAACCUUACAGAAUGUUUCCUUCAAGAUGUCAUCAAUGCCCCAGGAAAACCCUCAUACAACCAGCCAUCCUGCUGUUCCCAUAAGAGCAAACUCUCUAGGAUCCCACACCAUGACAGGUGGAACCAUGACAACGAACUCUCCAGAAACCUCCAGUAGAACCAGUGAAGCCCCUGUUACCACGGCAGCUAGCUCUCAGGAGACCUCCAAAAGCACCUCUGGACCCCCUGUUACCUUAGCAGCUGGCUCUCUGGAGACCUCCACUGGGACCACUGGACCCCUUGUUACCAUGACAACUGGCUCUCUGGAGCCCACCAGUGGGGCCAGUGGACCCCAGGUCUCUAGUGUAAAACUAUCCACGAUGAUGACUCCAACAACCUCCACCAACGCAAGCACUGUGCCCUUUCGGAACUCAGAUGAGAACUCACGAGGCAUGUUGCCAGUGGCCGUGCUUAUGGUCCUGCUGGCGGUCAUAGUCCUCGUGGCUCUGCUCCUGCUGUGGCGCCGGCGGCAGAAACGGCGGACAGGGGCCCUGGUGUUGAGCAGAGGCGGCAAGCGUAACGGGGUGGUGGACGCCUGGGCUGGGCCAGCCCAGGUCCCUGAGGAGGGGGCUGUGACAGUGACCGUGGGAGGAUCUGGGGGCGACAAGGGCUCUGGGGUCCCCGACGGGGAGGGGUCUGGCCGGCGGCCCACACUCACCACUUUCUUUGGCAGACGGAAGUCUCGCCAGGGCUCCCUGGCGAUGGAGGAGCUGAAGUCUGGGUCAGGCUCCAGCCUCAAAGGGGAGGAGGAGCCACUGGUGGCCAGCGAGGAUGGGGUUCUGGAUGCCCCCGCUCCUGAUGAGCCUGAAGCGGGAGAUGGGGCUGCCCCUUAAGUGCUGGCGAAUAGUAAGGCUGGAGGCCGGAAUCUCAGCCAGCCUCCAGCACCUUCCCUCUCACCAUCACACUGCCCCCUCACUCCCACGUUUCCACCUGGCAUCCUGAUCCUCACCCGAAUCUCUCUCUCUAUAUUUUUUUUUCUUUUUUUUUUUUUUGACAGAGUUUCGCUUUGUUGCCCAGGCUGGAGUGCAAUGGCAUGAUCUCAGCUCACUGCAACAUCUGCCUCCUAAGUUCAAGAGAUUCUCCUGCCUCAGCGUCCCGAGUAGCUGAGACUACAGGCGCCCACAACCACGCCCAGCUGCUUAUUUGUAUUUUUGGUAGAGACGGUAUUUCACCAUGUUGGCCAGGAUGGUCUCAAACUCCUGACCUCAGGUGAUCCACCUGCCUCGGCCUCUCAAAGUGCUGGGAUUACAGACGUGAGCCACCACACCUUGCCUCCUCACCCACCUCUUCACUCUGAAUCCUCAUCAGGCUUCUCAGCCCUGGAUUUCCUGCUGGCAUCCUCACCCAGCACCUGCAACCAGUACCUGGGCAGGGCAGGGCCGGCACCUCUCAACAUCUGUGGACUGAAUUAAUAAACCCUCUUCAUCCACCCCUAUUUAUCUCCA